AACUGAUUGACAGACUAAAUGAAUAAUUUAGAGUCAACUGUUAACCUGAGAAGGCUAGUGUGCUUAAAAGUAGGAGUGUCUUUUUAACCAGUUUAUACUACAGUUGAAAGCAGACUGGAACUUCUGACAUAUUCUGGUCUUAUACUUGUAUCAAGAAGUGUUGAUAUAAGAGUUUUGGGUAAGUUGCGCUGAGUCUAUUCUGGUUAGAAGUUUUAAUGAUUUGUUUCUGUUUGGGAAAGUGAUCAAAUACAGUAGAAGUGGCAUUACAUUCUAUGUUAUGGGCAAAUAAUAGGCAUAAGCUUUUACCCUUUGUUUUAAAGCAGUUUUUUAAAGCAUCUUUUCUUGUAAAUGCGUUCAGUGUUUGUUACUCUUAUGAGAUGCUUUAGGUAACCUAACACUUGUCUGUUAGAUACCAUGUCAAAAGGACAUCUCGCUUUUCCUGUUCAUGGCAAGACAAAACAGGGUUUGUGGUUUGGAGGCAGUGUUUAGUGUUGCCAAUGGCAGAGGAUUAACUGCUGGUUAAAACUUUUAAUGUUUUUCUGUAACUGUUUGUUUCAUUACCAUAACAUUCCUGCUUUUAAUAAAAUUUCAGCUUUUGUUUCAGAUUGUUUAAAACAAACUUUUUGAGAAUUAAGUGUCUAAGCUGAGUGUCUGAAACAUGGAAGCCAAGCGAGUAAAGCGGGAUGUUAAAGCUUUGCUUGAUAAAUAUGUUGGACAAAGACUUAGAGAAAAUGGUUUUGAUCCAAAGGGGAAAGGCACAUCUACCAUGUUAGAUGAACUGGCUCAUUAUGACUUGGCUAUAAGUAUGGCUAUGUGGCGGCUUAAUAAAGAUAAAGGGAAGACUGCCGUAGAGAAUGACAUAGGAAUUGGCAGUCCAUGUCAUAGCCACUACCCUAAUCACCUGGAAAGAGAAGCGAUGAUUCUUUCAUCCUUUGCAGGAAUGUUGCUGAACAGUUUACCUAUACAAGAUAUUCUGUCUCUGUACAACUGCAAGCCAUCUGCAUCUUUCUCUUAUAACCACAAUAAGCAGGGCAAUAUUGUUCACCCAUUCUCCCUGUCCUAUCAUCCAUUUGCAAUGCUUACCUCCUUCAAAGCGGUGGAGCACUCGAGACAACACACCUUAGUGCUGAAUCGUCGAAUGAAGGAACAGAAUAAACAGAAGACAGAAACAGACACUCUGAUGUCGCCCUCAUCCUCCUCUAGCUCCUCAUCUAGCUCCUCUUUUAAUGACAGUGAAGAUUCUUUACAACCUUAUGAGGGCUCUCAAGAAUCUCUGCAGGACUGAAGACACAUGUUUGUUUUGAAUAUGUAUUCAUAUCUUAUAAAUAUGUCCAGUAUAGGUUUUUAUCACUUUUAUUACUAUUUUCUUUUGUGUAAGACCAGGUGGCAUAACAAUGAGUUUUAUUGUAUAAAGAUUUGCAAGCAUUUGUAACUCACUCUUUUUGUAAUUUGUGUCAUAUCCAAAUAAUAAAAGGUGUGCAAGAAUUUAUUUUACCCACAAGCAUUCUCACUAAAAUGUGAAUGAGAUAAAGAUGCAAUGUUUAACGUAAAUGUUAAUUGACGAUAAUUAAUGAAAAAAAUAUUUUUUUUAAAACAAAUAAUCUUGUUAUUGUACAAAUCAAAACACACGAGUGCAGUUGAGGUUAGGUUUUUGUCAGCUAGGAAUUUUGCUUUGAUGAAUCAGGGAUUUUAAAUGUAUAGAUGGGAUUAAGAGGUUGGCAGCAACAUUAAAGUUCCAAAUUCCAGUCACUGAGAUGACAA